AUGGUUAGCAAGCCUGGCCUGGCACUUUUAUCAGCACAGCGCUGGGAGACCGAAGAGGACGCAAAAAGACACGAAGAAGUAGACUCAGAGAGAGAGAAGAAAGAGAGAGAGACUGCAGGAUCAGUGGAGAUUGGGGAAGAGGCGACCUCAGGCGAAGGACGGGACUGGGACCAGCACCACAACGGGGACGGAAAGGAGGACAGAAAGAGAGACAGAGAGACAGAGAAACAGAGAAGAGAAACAAGAGGGGGAAGAAGAGGAAGAAGAGGGAGUAGCCAGGGAACAAACCGGACCUCCGAGCAGGCAGGGGACGUACAGGCUGACAGUCAGGCCAUCUGGUCGAAGCAGACGGGCAGCAGACAGAGAGACAGACGGGCGGACAGGGGCACGGAAGAGAGACACGCUGACAGAAGGCCAGGCGAGACGAGGAUGAGGCUGAUGCGUCGAAGAACGAAGAACGAAGACGAGGAAGAAGAAGACGAAGAAGAAGAAGCGAAGAAGAUGAAGAUGAAGAUGAAGAUGAAGAUGAGGCUGUGGUGUGUGGAUCGGCGGCGGGAAGAAAGACGGAAACCCAGCCGGGAAAAGGCUAGCAGAGCCACAAGCCAACAGAGCCGCAAGGCAGGCAGAGAGAAAGAAGAGAAGACGAGAGUAGAAGACGGGAGAGACAGACAGACAGAGAGAGAGACUAAGAAGAAGGAGAAGGUGAAGAAGAAGAAGAGAAGAAGAGAAGAAGAAGAAAAGAACAGCCGCAUCCGCCGUGUUAUAAGGGGAGUCAGUCCCAGGGCGGUUGGAAAGGAGCCAACGGGGAGGGCCAGGGAAGCGCCAGGGAGGACGGAGACGGCAGACUCAAGAGGACUCAGCGCUGCCUUUAGGGCUGGCGGCGGCGACGGCGACGGCGACGGUGAUGCUGCUGCUGCUGAUGAUGAUGAGACUCAGCAUGAAGAAAACGGACGAGCUGGAGGGCAUCCCUGA